AUGUUGUUCAGGUCUGUUCUUCUGCUCACCGGUGCCGUCGCGGUCUCCCAUGCGCUCGAGUUUGGCGCCGCCUCCCACCAGCAAAAUGGCAUGAGCGGUCUGAUGCGACGCUCAACCCAGUGCAAGGAUGUCGCGGAGCCAAACUGCCAAAACUCCUGCGGGCCCGAGUACAAGAGCUGCGUCCAUGCCCACAUGUGCUUCAAUCCGAGCAAGGGAGAAACUUGCUGCCAGAAUGGAACCUUCUGCCCACCGGGAACGUACUGCGCGGAAGGCGGCUGCUGUCCCAACAACAUGACGCUGGAGGAGUGCCGGGCGAUCAAGACCCUCACCCUUGCUCGUCCGACCCGCUCGACUGAGGAGACCACCACCAGCACCACCACCACGACGUCCACCUCGACCACCGUUGUAACCACUUGGGUCGAACCCGAGCCCACAGAAAAGCCGACCGAGGAGCCCACCGAGGAGCCUACCGAGAUGCCCACGAGGGAACCUACGGAAGAACCCACGACCAGAAGCCCUCCGCUCAUGACAAACCCAACCAGCGCAUCUGGAACCGGGUCCUACCCGAGCACGACUCCCGGGACCAACGCAACCAUCACCAUGCCGGAGCCGCCGCCACAUCAGACAGAUAGCGGAGCCGGUCGCAUCGAGGGUGCUGCAACGGCGCUGGGUCUGGGUCUCGUCGCUUACGUCAUGUGCCAACCAAGCAAACAAAGCAAACCGCCAUCACUUCCCCGUCAGCGCGCCCGUGAGCGAGCCCAGCCCAAGGCCCUCGAGGACGCUUUUGAGCCCCAGACUGCCGAGGAGCUGGUCCACCAAGCCACCAAGCCCCAGGCCAUUGAGCUACCUUGA